GUCGAAUAACACUGUACUCAUUCGCUCUGUUGUUAUACUGUUUAUUUUAUUUUUUUAUUAUUAAUAUUUUUAUUUGUGCGAUCGUUAACGUGCGUCGGGUGUUUUUUUUUUAUUAAUACAGUGCUAUAAAAAUUGUUAAAUUAUUAUUAUUUAUUAUUUGUUCGGUUACUUGAAAUAAUAAUAAUAAUAAAAUGUUUAAAUCUACAAAAAAAACCAAAGACCCCACAAAAAAUCGAACUGUAAGUGACACCGCAAAGGUAAGUGAAAAAACUAUUAUUAAGAAUGAAAAUUCCACGGUGGUUCCGAAACAAAUGUUCAGCAGUAAGGUAGCUAAUGAACAGCCAUUGAAUAUAAGCGGUAAAGGGCGCAGCUCAACGCCACAGACCGCGAAAAAGACGUUAGUCAAAGGCGCUGUCUCAAGACAGGCUGCAGAAUCUUCGUCCACGGCUUCCAUUUCAAAAUCACUAAGUUCAUCUUCCAUAAAAAAAACUACAACUGGAAAAAGCAUUCGGACCAUCACUACCGUCGAUCAAGAUGGCAAUAUCCAUACGACCGUGGAAACUGUAGACGAUAUUCCGCAAUCUACUACAGAAACCACUACUGAAGAGUCAAAUACCACAGAUUCGACUAAUGCGUACGUCGAGUAUGCCGACAAAUAUUCGUUUGAAGGUAGUACAGAGUCACCGGAGGUAUUAAACUCGCCCCGAUACUCUACUUCAAAUUUGUUAACUUCAUCUCAAAACUUUGAAAAUGAAUCAUCAUCAGUUAAUCAAUCGAUGUCUACUGAAACCAAUUACAAUACCAUUACCUCACAUGUUAGUUCCGAAUCAAAACAAAUACUGGACGUAAAGGAUACAAUACAGCAUGAAAAUACAGUAAGGUCAGUAAAUGGGAAAUUAAUUAAAUCAAUAGAUGAUACAUCUCAUGAUAACUCAAAUUAUUCAUAUCAACCAAGUAUUAGCGAAAAAAUAGAUUUUAUAAACACAACGGUUAAUACAAAUACAAAUUUAUCCGAAAAUGAAUCAUUAAGAACUAACAAACAUGAAGAUACAAAAAAUAUUUUUUAUGGUAGCAACCGUCAACAAAUUGAUAAUGAAUCAAUAAAACUAAAAAUAUCUGGGAAUACUGAAAACUUAUUAAAUGAGACUAAAGUUAAAGCUACCACGUCACAGAACCACGAAAAUAAAAACGCACAAACAGUUACUGACAACCAGGAAUCAAACUCAGGAUUAACAGUAAAAAUGAUCGGUGGAAAAUUGAUUAAACAAUUUAAUACACCUCUAAAAUCUAAACAAUCUCAAGAUAUCGUGAAUACUAAAGAACAGAAUAAAACUCACUCUAUAGAUAAUAAUAAACAACAGUAUAAUAAUAACGUUAAAACUUCAUUUGAAUCAGAUAUAAUAAAUGAAAAUGUACAUACUGAUAAAUCCGAUGAUUUUAGUUCUGAAAUGUUUAUUACACAAAAAUAUAUACCGAUAUUUUCUAGAUCAAAUCAAGAAAUUGAUAAAAUAACAUCGUCAAGUAUUGAAAAUUCAAAAUCAUAUUAUGAUAAAAGUAUUAAAACUGAUGAUCUUAGGUAUCGAAAUAGUACUGAAUACAACACAAAAGACUUAUUUGAAAAAAAUAAAAAUGUUGAAAAUGACGGCCUAACUGUACGUAUGGUUGGUGGAAAAUUAAUCAAAUCUUUCAAGGAACCAACAAAAACUCAAAAAACUGUAUCAAAUGUAUCAUUGUCAAGUAAUUUAUCGAACAGUGACAUUUCAACUAACGAUAUCACGACGUCAACAUCUUUUAUUACAAACGAACAAUCAUCAUUUUCUAGCUCAUUUGGAGAAAAUGACCAGUCAGAAACAAAAACAUCAACGACUUCUAAGUCUGUAAAUAAGAAAACAGACAAACCAGAUGAGUCAAAAAACAAGAAACAGCCAGACGUGAAAAAAGACAAACCCAAUACAAUCACUAGUGUUGAUAUUGUCGACGAAGAAGGUUUAUCAGUACGUAUGGUUGGUGGAAAAUUAAUCAAGACUUUCAAAGAGCCAACACCGUCCAAAAAAAAUAUUAUUGACGUUUCAAAGUCGAGUAUCAAUACAACUAGUGAUAUUUCAUCAAGUGAUAUUACUUCGUCAACUUCGUUUAUUACAAACGAACAAUCAUCAUUCUCAAGCUCAUUUGGAGAAAAUGACCAGUCAGAAACAAAAACAUCAACGACUUCUAAGUCUGUAAAUAAGAAAACAGACAAACCAGAUGAGUCAAAAAACAAGAAACAGUCAGACGUGAAAAAAGACAAACCCAAUACAAUCACUAGUGUUGAUAUUGUCGACGAAGAAGGUUUAUCAGUACGCAUGGUUGGUGGAAAAUUAAUCAAGACUUUCAAAGAGCCAACACCGUCCAAAAAAAAUGUUAUUGACGUUUCAAAGUCGAGUAUCAAUACAACUAGUGAUAUUUCAUCAAGUGAUAUUACUACGUCAACUUCUUUUAUUACAAACGAACAAUCAUCAUUCUCAAGCUCAUUUGGAGAAAAUGACCAGUCAGAAACAAAAACAUCAACGACUUCUAAGUCUGUAAAUAAGAAAACAGACAAACCAGAUGAGUCAAAAAACAAGAAACAGCCAGACGUGAAAAAAGACAAACCCAAUACAAUCACUAGUGUUGAUAUUGUCGACGAAGAAGGUUUAUCAGUACGCAUGGUUGGUGGAAAAUUAAUCAAGACUUUCAAAGAGCCAACACCGUCCAAAAAAAAUGUUAUUGACGUUUCAAAGUCGAGUAUCAAUACAACUAGUGAUAUUUCAUCAAGUGAUAUUACUACGUCAACUUCUUUUAUUACAAACGAACAAUCAUCAUUCUCAAGCUCAUUUGGAGAAAAUGACCAGUCAGAAACAAAAACAUCAACGACUUCUAAGUCUGUAGUUAAGAAAUCAGACAAACCAGAUGAGUCAAAAAAUAAGAAACAGCCAGACGUGAAAAAAGACAAACCCAAUACAAUCACUAGUGUUGAUAUUGUCGACGAAGAAGGUUUAUCAGUACGUAUGGUUGGUGGAAAAUUAAUCAAGACUUUCAAAGAGCCAACACCGUCCAAAAAAAAUAUUAUUGACGUUUCAAAGUCGAGUAUCAAUACAACUAGUGAUAUUUCAUCAAGUGAUAUUACUACGUCAACUUCGUUUAUUACAAACGAACAAUCAUCAUUCUCAAGCUCAUUUGGAGAAAAUGACCAGUCAGAAACAAAAACAUCAACGACUUCUAAGUCUGUAAAUAAGAAAACAGACAAACCAGAUGAGUCAAAAAACAAGAAACAGCCAGACGUGAAAAAAGACAAACCCAAUACAAUCACUAGUGUUGAUAUUGUCGACGAAGAAGGUUUAUCAGUACGCAUGGUUGGUGGAAAAUUAAUCAAGACUUUCAAAGAGCCAACACCGUCCAAAAAAAAUGUUAUUGACGUUUCAAAGUCGAGUAUCAAUACAACUAGUGAUAUUUCAUCAAGUGAUAUUACUACGUCAACUUCUUUUAUUACAAACGAACAAUCAUCAUUCUCAAGCUCAUUUGGAGAAAAUGACCAGUCAGAAACAAAAACAUCAACGACUUCUAAGUCUGUAGUUAAGAAAUCAGACAAACCAGAUGAGUCAAAAAAUAAGAAACAGCCAGACAUGAAAAAAGACAAACCCAAUACAAUCACUAGUGUUGAUAUUGUCGACGAAGAAGGUUUAUCAGUACGUAUGGUUGGUGGAAAAUUAAUCAAGACUUUCAAAGAGCCAACACCGUCCAAAAAAAAUAUUAUUGACGUUUCAAAGUCGAGUAUCAAUACAACUAGUGAUAUUUCAUCAAGUGAUAUUACUACGUCAACUUCGUUUAUUACAAACGAACAAUCAUCAUUCUCAAGCUCAUUUGGAGAAAAUGACCAGUCAGAAACAAAAACAUCAACGACUUCUAAGUCUGUAAAUAAGAAAACAGACAAACCAGAUGAGUCAAAAAACAAGAAACAGCCAGACGUGAAAAAAGACAAACCCAAUACAAUCACUAGUGUUGAUAUUGUCGACGAAGAAGGUUUAUCAGUACGCAUGGUUGGUGGAAAAUUAAUCAAGACUUUCAAAGAGCCAACACCGUCCAAAAAAAAUAUUAUUGACGUUUCCAAGUCGAGUAUCAAUACAACUAGUGAUAUUUCAUCAAGUGAUAUCACAACGUCAACAUCGUUUACUACAAAUGAAUUAACUUCAGUUUCCAGCUCAUAUGUAGAAAGUGAUCAGUCUAAUUUAAAGAUAUCAACAGUGUCUAAACCCACAAAUAAAAAAACUGAUCGACCAGAUAUUACAAAGAACAAGAAACGGCCUGACUCCAAAUUUGAUAAGGCUGAACCAAAUACUACUGGUGAUAAAGUUAACGAAGAAGGCUUGUCGGUACGUAUGGUCGGAGGAAAGUUGAUUAAAUCAUUUAAAGAGCCAACGCGAGAUGUCUUAAAAAGUAAUACUAAAUCUAAUACAUUUAAUACAAGCACCCAACUUACAAAUUUAAGUGUUGAUACUAGUUCCCAAGUCUUGAAUACGACUUAUAUUAUCGAUGAAUCUUUAUCAAAUAAUGAAGUAACAAAGACCGUUAAGACUAGUAAUGAUAGUAUUUCAAUUAUUGAUGGGAAAACAGUGAAACCUUUUAAAGGGCCCGAGAAGACUCCCCGGAAACCAAAAUCUGAUUUUCCAGAUAAAACGAAUAUGGACGUUAUGUCUUUUGAUAAUAAUUUCACUACGGCUGUGAACGAUACUAAACACGUUCACGAUGUAUUUUAUGACGUUUCUGAAGAAUCUUACAUUGAAUCUCGACAGUUUUCGGAGCAAUCUAUAGUACAAGAUUUUCAAGUAACAUCGAAUACAUCCGAAUAUUAUCCCGAGAGGCCUACUAGAAAUAGAGAUAAAAGAGAUAACAUUGUUGUUCAAGAUGUUACUGACUUCGUGUCAGUUUCUAAUCACGCGGAAGUAAUAGAAAAUAGAAUAAUUUCCGAAGCGGUUUACGAAAAAUCAGUUGUAAAAGGUAUAACCGAAAAUUAUGAAAACCAUGUAUCUUCAUCGAAAAAGGUCCGUGAAAAUAAAGUAGACAAAAAAACGAAAAAGGAUCAAAAGGAAACUACUUCAAUCACAAAGGAACAGUGCAUUUGCGAAAUUUGUACCUGUGGACGUCAUCGAUGUCCGCAUACACCUGGAACAGAUAGGUCUCCACUAGAUUUGGAGCCUAUAUCGUCUCCGAAAUUAUCAAGGACUAAAGAAGAAUAUCAGCCAAUACCAUUCGACCGCGUUGAGAGGCCUAAUUUGCAGAGACUUAAUACAGAACUAACUCUAAACGAGGGAAAAAUUGAAACUACUACGGCCUAUAGAUCGGAGUUUGAGGAAAAAUAUGCAGAACGUCAAGUCAGAUAUAAAAUGGAAGAUCAACUUCAUCUUGAAGGUGAAUAUUCUCCACAAAGAAAACAAGAAUAUACGGGGCUUCCUGGUGAUCGUUAUUCAUCACGUAAGCCACAAGAUAACUUAAAACCUGAAGGAGACUUUGAAAGACCAACUCGUGAAAAAGUAACACCAGCAGAACGACCAAAACCGAUAAAACCUAGCGAUAAUUUAAUGCCGGAGGGUGAUUUCGAAAGACCCCAACCGUCGAAGUAUGGUCCCGGCGAAAGAGCGUCAAUUGUCAAACAUCCGGAUAAUUUAAAACCUGAAGGCGAAUUUGAAAGACCGAUUCGUGAAAAAGUGACACCAGCAGAACGGCCAAAGCCGAUAAAGCCUAGCGACAAUUUGAAGCCAGAAGGUGACUUUGAACGACCACAACCAUCGAAAUACGGGCCCGGCGAAAGAGCUCCAAUCGUCAAACAUUUAGACAACUUAAAACCAGAAGGUGAAUUUGAAAGACCAAUCAAAUCUAAAGUAGAACCAGGAGAACGUCCAAAACCGUUUAAACCAAGUGACAAUUUAAAACCAGAAGGUAAUUUCGAACGACCAACACCCAAAAAAGUGCAACCUGCUGAUCGGCAGAAACCAAUUAGACCAAAAGAUAAUUUACGACCGGAAGGUGAAUUUGAUAGGCCUGUACAAUCUCAAUAUGGACCAGGCGAUCGAGCACCAAUAGUUAAACAUCCAGAUAAUCUUAAGCCUGAAGGGGACUUCGAUAGGCCCGAACCUAAUAAAUAUGCACCUGGCGAUCGAGCGCCAAUAGUAAAACAUCCCGACAAUUUAAAAUCUGAAGGAGAUUUUGAUAGACCAGAACAGCCUCAAGCACCAAAAAGAGGAGAAAGAGCACCUACUAAGAAACCUAUCGACAAUUUACGACCAGAAGGUGAAUUUUACGGAGAAAGAACGGUAACAAAAAUCACAAAAGGUGAAAGAGCUGAAAUCCGAAGACACGAAGACCAACUAGUAAUUGGUGGAGAAUUUACAGAUAUCACCACACAAAGAAUGGAGUUUACAGGAGAGUCAUCUGAACGACCAAGAAUGAUACGUAGAAAUACAUGGACCAAAUUGGAAGGAGAUAUAUUGGUAGUACCAAAAAAUAAAGAAGAUUAUCCAGAACGUCCAGUAGUUCGAAAUGAAAAAGGAAAAAAGAAAACUGAUACGUUAAAUAUAACUACAGGUGAAUUUUAUUCGAACACAUCAUCUCAAGAAGCGUAUCAACGACACGAUAUGCAAAAAACAGAAAUCAUAAAGAAACGUACUGAUAAUUUAAUAUGCGAGGGAGAAAUGACUUUUGAAACUUCACGAAUGGCUGAUUAUUCAGCAAAAACAACGGAAUUAGAAAAACCUGUAAGGCGACGUACUUGGACUAAACAAGAUGGAGAAAUAUACUUUCAAACUACUAACUCAGAAGUUUUUAAACAUCAUAAUGAAACAAAUAUACGACAUACUAUUAAAAAGCACUCGGAUAAUAUAACUAUUGAAGGUAAAUUUGAUGAUAGAACGCAUUCUAAGGAACAAUUCAAGAGUAUACAAACAGAAAGAUCAAUACAAAAAAAACCAGUAGAUAAUUUAAAACCUGAAGGUGAAUUUGAUCGUCCACAAAAAGAAAAGUAUAAGCCAUCAGAGAGACCUAAACAAAUAAAACCAACAGAUAAUUUAAAACCAGAAGGUAAGUUUGAACGCCCGAAACAAAAAGAUUACAAAACAGCAGAGAGGCCAAAACAAAUAAAACCUCAAGACAAUCUUAAACCUGAGGGAGACUUUGAAAGGCCAAUCGAAGAAAAGUUUAUGCCAGGUGAGAGACCGUCUCCAUUUAAACCAUCAGAUAAUUUGAAACCAGAAGGAGAAUUUGAACGGCCCAAAAAUAAAAAGUAUAAACCAAGUGAGCGACCAACACCAUUUAAACCUACGGAUAAUUUGAAACCUGAAGGAGAAUUUGAAAAACGCACGCCCCAAAAGGUUGGUCCUGGUGACCGUGCUCCAAUCGUUAAGCCCAAAGACAAUUUGUAUCCAGAAGGAGAAUUCCAAAGACCUAAACCAGAUGAAUUCCAACCAUCUGAAAGACCUAAGCAAGUUAAGCCACAAGACAAUCUAUUUCCUGAAGGGACAUUUGAACGCCCCGAAUAUCCAGAAUAUUCUCCAUCUGAGAGACCCAAACAAUUUAGACCUACGGAUAAUUUGAAACCCGAAGGCGAUUUUGAGAGACCCGUACACGAGAAGUUCAAACCCAGUGAGCGUCCUACAGCUUUUAAACCUACGGAUAAUUUGAAACCUGAAGGUGAAUUUGAAAAACGCACUCCUCAGAAGGUUGGUCCCGGUGACCGUGCUCCAAUCGUUAAGCCCAAAGACAAUUUGUUUCCUGAAGGAGAAUUCCAACGACCAAAACCUGAAGAAUUUCAACCAUCUGAAAGACCUAAACAAGUUAAGCCCCAAGAUAAUCUAUUUCCUGAAGGCACUUUUGAACGUCCAGAAUAUCCAGAAUAUUCACCAUCCGAGAGGCCAAAACAAUUUAAGCCUACAGAUAACCUUAAACCUGAAGGUGAUUUUGAGAGACCUGUACAUGAGAAAUUUAAACCGAGUGAACGUCCUACACCAUUUAAGCCAACUGAUAAUCUUAAGCCAGAAGGUGAAUUUGAAAAGCGAACGCCACAGAAAGUUGGUCCCGGUGAUCGUGCUCCAAUUGUGAAACCUAAAGACAAUUUGUUCCCUGAAGGUGAAUUUGAAAGACCAGAACAUCCAGAAUAUUCAUCAUCUGAAAGACCAAAACAAUUUAAACCGUUUGAUAACCUUAAACCAGAGGGAGAUUUUGAUCGUCCCAUACAUGAGAAGUUUAUACCUAGUGAACGACCUGCUCCAUUUAAGCCCAGUGACAAUCUAAAACCUGAAGGUGAAUUUGAAAGAAAGAAACCAGAUGAGUUCCAACCAGCUGAACGAGUUAAACAAGUGAAACCCCAGGAUAAUCUAUAUCCAGAAGGUAAUUUCGAACGUCCCGAAUAUCCAGAGUAUUCACCAUCUGAAAGACCAAAGCAAUUUAAACCGUCAGACAAUCUUAAACCAGAAGGUGAUUUUGAUCGUCCGGUACAUGAGAAGUUUAGACCUAGUGAACGACCUGCUCCAUUUAAGCCCAGUGACAAUUUGAAACCAGAAGGAGAAUUUGAAAAACGAACACCACAAAAAGUUGGCCCUGGAGACCGUGCGCCAGUUGUUAAACCAAAAGAUAAUUUGUUCCCUGAAGGUGAAUUCGAAAGACCAGAAUAUCCAGAGUACUCCCCAUCUGAAAGACCAAAACAAUUUAAACCUAGUGAUAAUCUUAAACCAGAGGGAGACUUUGAACGUCCAGUAUAUGAAAAGUUUAGACCCAGUGAACGACCUGCUGCAUAUAAACCAUCAGAUAAUUUAAAACCCGAAGGUGAAUUUGAUAGGAGAAAGCCUGAAGAAUUCCAACCUGCUGAAAGAGUAAAACAAGUGAAACCACAAGAUAAUCUGUUUCCUGAAGGGACUUUUGAACGACCCGAAUACCCAGAAUAUUCUCCAUCUGAAAGACCAAAACAAUUUAAACCUACGGAUAAUUUAAAACCAGAGGGCGAUUUUGAGAGACCUGUACAUGAGAAAUUCAAACCGAGUGAACGCCCUACACCAUUUAAGCCAACGGAUAAUCUUAAGCCAGAAGGUGAGUUUGAAAAGCGAACGCCACAGAAAGUUGGUCCAGGUGAUCGUGCUCCUAUAGUUAAACCUAAAGAUAAUUUGUAUCCAGAAGGGGAGUUCCAAAGACCUCUACCAGAUGAUUAUCAACCUUCUGAAAGACCCAAACAAAUUAAGCCACAAGACAAUCUAUUUCCUGAAGGCACUUUUGAACGUCCUGAAUAUCCAGAGUAUUCACCAUCCGAGAGGCCAAAACAAUUUAAACCUACAGAUAACCUUAAGCCUGAAGGUGAUUUUGAGCGACCUGUACAUGAGAAAUUUAAACCUAGCGAACGUCCCGCUGCUUUUAAACCUAGUGAUAAUUUGAAACCUGAAGGUGAAUUCGAAAAGCGUAUUCCACAGAAAGUUGGUCCUGGAGAACGAGCACCAGUUGUAAAACCUAAAGACAAUUUGUUUCCUGAAGGAGAAUUCCAACGACCAAAACCUGAAGAAUUUCAACCAUCUGAAAGACCUAAACAAGUUAAGCCUCAAGAUAAUCUAUUUCCUGAAGGGACUUUUGAUCGUCCCGAAUAUCCAGAAUAUUCACCAUCUGAGAGGCCAAAACAAUUUAAGCCUACAGAUAACCUUAAGCCUGAAGGUGAUUUUGAAAGACCAGUUUAUGAAAAAUUCCAACCUAGUGAGCGUCCUACAGCAUUUAAACCUACGGAUAAUCUGAAACCCGAAGGUGAAUUUGAAAAGCGCACCCCACAGAAGGUCGGCCCCGGCGAUCGUGCUCCAAUCGUCAAGCCCAAAGACAAUUUGUUCCCGGAAGGGGAAUUCCAACGACCAAUUCAUGAAGAAUUUCAGCCAUCCGAAAGACCUAAACAAGUUAAGCCACAAGACAAUCUAUUUCCUGAAGGCACUUUUGAACGUCCUGAAUAUCCAGAAUAUUCACCAUCCGAGAGGCCAAAACAAUUUAAACCUACAGAUAACCUUAAGCCCGAAGGUGACUUUGAGCGACCUGUACAUGAGAAAUUCCAACCCAGCGAGCGUCCUACAGCGUUUAAACCUACGGAUAAUUUGAAACCUGAAGGUGAAUUUGAAAAACGCAUUCCCCAGAAGGUUGGUCCUGGUGACCGUGCUCCAAUUGUUAAGCCUAAAGACAAUUUGUAUCCAGAAGGAGAAUUCCAACGACCUAAACCAGAUGAAUUCCAACCAUCUGAAAGACCUAAGCAAGUUAAGCCACAAGACAAUCUAUUUCCUGAAGGGACUUUUGAACGUCCCGAAUAUCCAGAAUAUUCUCCAUCUGAGAGACCCAAACAAUUUAGACCUACGGAUAAUUUGAAACCAGAAGGCGAAUUUGAGCGACCUGUACAUGAGAAGUUCAAACCUAGUGAGCGUCCUACACCGUAUAAGCCUAGUGACAAUUUGAAACCAGAAGGUGAAUUUGAAAAACGUACACCACAAAAAGUGGGUCCUGGAGAACGCGCACCAGUUGUUAAACCAAAAGACAAUUUGUUCCCUGAAGGUAAAUUUGAAAGACCAGAGCACCCAGAAUAUUCACCAUCUGAACGACCAAAGCAAUUUAAACCAUCCGAUAAUCUUAAGCCAGAAGGCGAUUUCGAGCGUCCUGUACACGAGAAGUUUAGACCUAGUGAACGACCUGCUCCAUUUAAGCCCAGUGAUAAUUUGAAACCAGAAGGAGAAUUUGAAAAACGAACGCCACAAAAAGUUGGCCCUGGAGACCGUGCGCCAGUUGUUAAACCAAAAGACAAUUUGUUCCCCGAAGGUGAAUUUGAAAGACCAGAAUAUCCAGAGUACUCACCAUCUGAAAGACCAAAGCAAUUUAAACCGUCAGACAAUCUUAAACCAGAAGGUGAUUUUGAUCGUCCGGUACAUGAGAAGUUUAGACCUAGUGAACGACCUGCUCCAUUUAAGCCCAGUGACAAUUUGAAACCAGAAGGAGAAUUUGAAAAACGAACACCACAAAAAGUUGGCCCUGGAGACCUUGCGCCAGUUGUUAAACCAAAAGAUAAUUUGUUCCCUGAAGGUGAAUUCGAGAGACCAGAAUAUCCAGAGUACUCCCCAUCUGAAAGACCAAAACAAUUUAAACCUAGUGAUAAUCUUAAACCAGAGGGAGACUUUGAACGUCCAGUAUAUGAAAAGUUUAGACCCAGUGAACGACCUGCUGCAUAUAAACCAUCAGAUAACCUGAAACCUGAAGGAGAAUUUCAGAAGCGUGUACCGGAUGAGUUCGUGCCUUCUGAACGCCCAAAGCAAGUUAAACCACAAGAUAAUCUAUUUCCAGAAGGGACUUUUGAACGCCCUGAACAUCCAGAAUAUUCUCCAUCUGAAAGACCAAAACAAUAUCGUCCAUGUGAUAACCUUAAACCAGAAGGUGAUUUUGAAAGACCAGUUUAUGAAAAGUUCAAACCAAGUGAGCGUCCUACACCGUUUAAGCCUUCGGAUAAUCUUAAGCCUGAAGGCGAAUUUGAAAAACGGACGCCACAAAAGGUCGGUCCUGGUGAUCGUGCUCCUAUAGUUAAGCCCAAAGACAAUUUGUUUCCAGAAGGAGAAUUCCAAAGACCUAAACCUGACGAAUUCCAACCAUCUGAAAGACCAAAACAAGUUAAACCCCAAGACAAUUUGUUUCCUGAAGGUAGUUUCGAGCGUCCUGAAUAUCCAGAAUAUUCACCAUCAGAGAGACCAAAACAAUUUAGACCUACGGAUAAUUUAAAACCGGAGGGCGACUUUGAGAGGCCUGUAUAUGAGAAGUUCAAACCUAGUGAACGCCCCGCUGCUUUUAAACCUAGUGAUAAUUUGAAACCUGAAGGUGAAUUCGAAAAGCGUAUUCCACAGAAAGUUGGUCCUGGAGAACGAGCACCAGUUGUAAAACCUAAAGAUAAUUUGUUCCCCGAAGGAGAAUUCCAACGACCAAAACCAGAAGAAUUCCAACCAUCUGAAAGACCUAAACAAGUUAAGCCACAAGACAAUCUAUUUCCUGAAGGGACUUUUGAUCGUCCCGAAUAUCCAGAAUAUUCUCCAUCUGAGAGACCCAAACAAUUUAAACCUACAGAUAACCUUAAACCUGAAGGUGAUUUUGAAAGACCAGUAUAUGAAAAAUUCAAACCAAGUGAACGUCCUACACCGUUUAAGCCUUCGGAUAAUUUGAAACCUGAAGGUGAAUUUGAAAAACGCACUCCUCAGAAGGUUGGUCCUGGUGACCGUGCUCCAAUCGUUAAGCCCAAAGACAAUUUGUAUCCAGAAGGAGAAUUCCAAAGACCCAAACCUGAUGAAUUCCAACCAUCUGAAAGACCAAAACAAGUUAAACCCCAAGACAAUUUGUUUCCUGAAGGUAGUUUUGAGCGUCCUGAAUAUCCAGAAUAUUCACCAUCAGAGAGACCGAAACAAUUUAAACCUACAGAUAACCUUAAACCAGAAGGUGACUUUGAAAGACCAGUUUAUGAAAAAUUCAAACCAAGUGAACGUCCCACUCCGUUUAAGCCAUCGGAUAACCUUAAGCCUGAAGGUGAUUUUGAAAAGCGGACGCCACAGAAAGUUGGUCCCGGUGAUCGUGCUCCAAUUGUGAAACCUAAAGACAAUUUGUUCCCCGAAGGUGAAUUUCAACGACCCAAACCCGAUGAGUUCCAACCGUCCGAAAGACCAAAACAAGUUAAACCCCAAGAUAAUCUGUUUCCUGAAGGUACUUUCGACCGUCCCGAUUAUCCAGAGUAUUCUCCAUCUGAAAGACCAAAACAAUUUAGACCUACAGAUAAUUUGAAACCAGAAGGCGACUUUGAGCGACCUGUACAUGAGAAGUUUAAACCUAGUGAGCGUCCUACGCCAUUUAAGCCUAGUGACAAUUUGAAACCAGAAGGUGAAUUUGAAAAACGUACACCACAAAAAGUGGGUCCCGGAGAACGCGCACCAGUUGUUAAACCAAAAGACAAUUUGUUCCCUGAAGGUGAAUUUGAAAGACCAGAACAUCCAGAAUAUUCAUCAUCUGAAAGACCAAAACAAUUUAAACCGUCCGAUAACCUUAAACCAGAGGGAGAUUUUGAUCGUCCCAUACAUGAGAAGUUUAUACCUAGUGAACGGCCAACGCCAUUUAAGCCCAGUGACAAUUUGAAACCAGAAGGUGAAUUUGAAAAACGUACACCACAAAAAGUUGGUCCUGGAGAAAGAGCACCAGUUGUUAAACCAAAAGACAAUUUAUAUCCAGAAGGUAAUUUUGAAAAGCGUGUUCAACAAAUUGUGGGUCCAGGUGACAGGGCUCCUAUAGUUAAACCUAAGGAUAAUCUGUAUCCUGAAGGUUUAUUAGACACAUCAUAUGUUAAAAAUAAAUCUGAAGUAACUGUUGGUGACAGAGCUGUCAUUCAUGUUCAUGAAGAUAAUUUAAAGAUGACCGGUGAACAUACCAUGAUUAGGAAAAAUGAUUUUACUCAUAAAACUGCUAUUCGGUCCGAGAUAAUUAAACAUUCUGAUAAUCUUAAAGUUGAAGGUGAACACAUCGAUAAUUAUAAACGAACCGAUUUUUCAGCCACUAGAGGGGAACGAUCUGAAAUUAUUCACAGAGAAGAUAAUUUAAGAAUUGAAGGUGAAUUUAUUGAUAUGCGUUCAAGAAAUGAUUAUAGUAAGCACGUUGUGAAUAGGGUAUCAUCUAUUUCGAAACAUGAAGAUAAUCUUAGAAUGGAAGGUAAUUUUGAGAAACGUGAACAAGUGUCGUUUGUUUCGGCUGAAAGACCAAAACAAAUUAGACAUCCAGAUAACUUGAGACCUGAGGGAGAAUUUGAAAAACGAUCUCCUCAUGAAGUCGGACCUGGUGAUAGAGCUCCUAUUGUUAAACCCAAAGAUAACCUAAAACCUGAAGGGGAAUUUGAUAGACCGUCUCCAGAUAAAUACACUUCUGGUGAACGACCAAAACAAAUUAGACAUCCAGAUAACUUAAGACCAGAAGGUGAAUUUGAUAGACCAUCUCCAGAUAAUUAUAGACCGGGUGAAAGACCAAAACAGAUAAGACAUCCAGAUAAUUUAAGACCAGAGGGAGAUUUUGAAAAACGUACCCAUCAAAAAAUUGGACCUGGUGAUAGAGCGCCUAUUGUUAAACCCAAAGAUAACCUCAAACCUGAAGGUGAAUUUGAUAGACCGUCUUCAGAUAAUUAUAGACCUGGUGAACGACCAAAACAGAUUAGACAUCCAGAUAACUUAAAACCUGAAGGUGACUUUGAUAGACCAUCUACAGAUAAUUAUAGACCAGGUGAAAGACCAAAACAGAUAAGACAUCCAGAUAAUUUAAGACCAGAGGGAGAAUUUGAAAAACGUACUCAUCAAAAAUUUGGACCUGGUGAUAGAGCGCCUAUUGUUAAACCCAAAGAUAAUCUCAAACCUGAAGGUGAAUUCGAUAGACCAUCUACAGAUAAUUAUAGACCUGGUGAACGACCAAAACAGAUUAGACAUCCAGAUAACUUAAAACCCGAAGGUGACUUUGAUAGACCGUCUUCAAAUAAUUAUAGACCCGGAGAAAGACCAAAACAAAUAAGACAUCCAGAUAAUUUAAGACCUGAGGGAGAAUUUGAAAAACGUACUCAUCAAACAACUGGACCAGGUGAUAGAGCGCCUAUUGUUAAACCUAAAGAUAAUCUCAAACCUGAAGGUGAAUUUGAUAGACCAUCUCAAAAAAGUUACGGACCAGGUGAACGACCAAAACAAGUAAGGCAUCCAGAUAACUUAAAAUCAGAAGGCUAUUUUGAAAAACGAGUCGUACAAAAAGUGACUGUAGGUGAGAGAACCCUUGCUUAUAAGCCUCAAGAUAAUUUACGUAUGGAAGGAGAAUUUGAAAAAAGAGAUCGAACUUACACAGUUCGAAAGGUUGAGCAAGCUAUAAUCAAAAAACAUGAGGAUAAUUUGAAAAUUGAAGGAACAAUGCACUUUACCAAUAAAAACAUAAAUUCCGAGCAUAAGGCAUUAGAUACUGGAUAUUCUCAAAAAGUAACUGAAAAUAAUCAAACUGAAAGUGACCACAAACGAAUAAACCAAGUGGAAAAAUCGCAUUCUUCUUCGAAAACUGAAAAUUAUUCUUCAGUUCACAAACAUCAGCAGAGCAAUACAAAUACUAGAAAGCAUGUUGAAUCUCAAAUUUCUCUGGGAGAUUAUGCUAGAGAUUCAAAUACAAAUGAAAAAAUUAGUGUCAAAUACGGACAAUCACAAUUCGAAGGGGAACUUAGACAAUCAACAGAAUCACAAAACGUUGAAAAUCGUGUUUUAAAACAAUCAUCUGAUUCUUCGUUCCAAAGGAGCUCAAAAUCAGAAGAACAUGUGGGUACAGUGGAAAGAAAAAAAUGGGAGACUUCUCAAAGGAGAGAUUAUUUAAAAGGAUCCGUAACAGAUUUAAGCAGUACCAAAAAUGCAUCAUUAUCCAAGCAACGAAUAAAUCAAACGAACGAUCAAAGAUAUUCAGAUAAUACAAUUCAUCAACACUCAUCCAAUAAUUAUACCCAAAUGUCUUCACAAAAUAUCAGAAGUUCAAAUCAGCGGCAUGAAAUAACAAACGAACAACACAUUUUCUCUUCACGCCAAUCUCAAGAACCUAAAGGACAGUUGAAUCACGGUAGAUUGCAAAGUGAUAACAUUGUUGAUAGAGUACAAACUACACAACAUAGAUAUGGACAUACGAACAAUAACGAUAGUCAAAAUUAUUCAUCACAACAUAGAAGUAUUCAAAACAUUGGUCAGUCUAGUCAUAAACAUACUAAUGAAACCAGUGGUCAAAACUAUAAACAGAGUACUAUUAGUAGCAAUUCGAAGAGCAGUGAGCAAAUUCGAAAGCCUGAGAGUUUUGUUAUAAACCUGUCUGACGAAAAAUCAACCAAUAACCGAAUUUCAUCGUCUAUAGACCAGCGUUCUGAAUACUACUUAAAUAAUCAAACGAGUAAAGUUCUCAAAACUGAAGUAGGAAAACAAUCGUUUGUUAGCAGAAAUAUAAACGAUAACAACUCAAUUAGCCGUGAUUAUUCUUCAGAUUUGCGUUCAAGCAAGUCAGCUGUGUCGAAUGAACAGUUAAACAAAAGCAACCGGUAUGAGACCAGUAGCCAAAUUCGGAAUGAUUACGAUCGGGACAAUUCUAAAUCGUUUUCAUCACAACAAAAAUCCGAGCAGUCAACAAAUCGUUCACACGGCACCGAAGUAAAAAGUUAUUCCACUGCAACGUACAGGAAGUCUUUGCAUAGCACUAGCUCCAACGUUUUGAAUAUCGAUUCAUCCACGUUUGAUCGGAAAACCCGAAGUGACCAAUCUCAUCACCGCAAGUCCGUAAUAAGUUCGAAUACCGAUCUGAGUAACUCGGUGUUGCACCGCAAAGGAGACGUGACCCAUAUCGAAGCGCCUCAUUACACUUCUUCAGCAGCCGCGGCUCAGAGGAAGAGUAUCAAUACAUUGGACUCAACAUUUGUGAUAUCACCUCCUGAUAACCGGAACAGUAUUAGCGCUAUGCACCGUCAAGAUAGGGUGUCGAGGUCGUCCACGAACAGGUCACACAUCAGUCUCGGUGAUUCGUCAAUGGAGUCGAGUACUAGUCAUUACAGAAACGAAUAUAAACCAAGAGUGAGUGGCCCAUGUCCUGUUCCGUUAAUCGAAAGGAAUCAAGCGCCUUUUAGACACACUCGUGAUACGAAAACACAUAAAUUCUAUAAGUCGACUACAACGGACGGAGAUCGUAAAUAAAUUUCCUAGAAAAGAAAUGAAACGGAUUCAGAACUAAAUACUCAACGUUAAUAAUUAAGAAUAGCUUGAACUAUAUUUUACUAAUAAAUAUUUAAUGUAAAAGUCAAAUCACAAAAAAUAAUAUGAAAAUGUUUGAUUUUUAUUAUAUUAAAAAAUUGUAUCUCUUUAGAUAUUAUAAAUUAUAAGCUAAUGAUAAUAUUUUGUAAAAAUCACAAGGUAAUUUUUUUGUUUAGAAUCAUUAUAGAUAAAAUUGUGAGAAAAAAAAAUUAUUGACAACGGAUACUAAAAUAAUAAAAGGAGAAACAUUAAAUAUUGUAAUAUUUUACAAUUCUAAAUGUACAUAUCAAGUGAAAGUAUCAACCUAUCGUAAUCUUAUAAAACGGUAAGAUGAAAAAAAUCUAAACAACGAUUUCAAAAUAAUUAAACAAAUGUACAUCUAUGAUAAUUUUCAUAAGAAAAAAUAAGAGUUCUAUAUACAAUAUACUCUUAUAAAAACUGAAUUAAUAAAUAAUGUACAAUGGCCUAAUGUUUCUUCAACAUAGUUUAUAGAUCUAAUAUCUACAUAAAUGUAUCCGUCGAUUUUAAUUUGCUCACAAUAUUAUUUGAAUUAUUUCAAUACAAAAAAUGUAACCAACGUUUUUAGCAAUUACUUAUUAAUUAUUAUAAUUUAUAAUAAUCAUUAUAAUUAAGUCUAACACAAAGUCACCAACAAAAUACUUGUUAAUUGUAUAAGAGCUUUAAAUAAUCAUGUUUUAUUCAAGACUAAUAUUUAAAUUUAAUAAAUAUAUUUAUAUACUGUGAUUUUGUUAAUUUAUUUUAUGUAUUGAAAAUUGUAUUUAAUGAGCUGUGAUAUCUACUUAUGAAUUUUACAAACUCUACAAAUUCUUAAAAAUUGAUUGUAUUAUUUUUUUAUUACAUACUCAAGUAUUUAUUAAGAUACCUACUACUUUAUUAUUCUUUGUAUUAUUUUAUGUUAUCAUUGUUGUAUUAAAAAAAAAUUGUUUUCAGUUAAAACUAAAUAAACUAUACAAAAUCUGAAACUAACAAAUAAAAAUAAUUAUUUUGCUAUUGUUUUGAAAAGGUCGUAUAAAUAAACGCCAAUUAUUUUUUAAUUGUAUUUAUUAUUCAAGUGUUUUGUAACGAAGAUGUACAAUAAAACAUUUACAAAUAUAUUUUUUUACAUGCAUAUAAAAAAACAAUUUGAAAAAAAUGACGAAAUACAAAGUCAAAAACAUUAUUCGGACAAAAACGCGUUCUAUUUAUAAUAAUUAAUAAAUAAAAACAAAAUCACCGGCGCUUUACAACGGUACCACAAAUUAAUACAAUUUAUGUUCAAUUUUAGACUUGUCUAAAAUACAAUACACAUUCAAUAUUAUUUAUAUAUAAUGUAAUAAAUACGUGUAUUCAUAUAUUUAUAUAAUAUAAAAUAUAUAUGGAUGAGUGUGUUUAUGUGUUUGUAUGUGUGUUAUAAAUAUUUAAAUAAUAAUCUUAAUUAACAUUUAACAAAUUACACACUAAUUUCAGAUGUACAGAGUGAUGUAAUCGUUCGUAUUUUGUAUAAUAAAGGGCUUUCAGCGUCGUUCGACAUUCAACACGGUAAAAAAAUACUUAUAUUUUUAGCUAUAAAAACAA